AUGUCCGCUCACGAUUCCGCCCACGACAACGACAAUGCAUCCCAGCACUCGAAACGCUACUCCAUCGACGGUGCUCUUGAGCUCGAACGUGAGCUAGAAAACGAACCUGUCUCACCCACUUCGGGCUCAGCCCCAGAUCGCCCCCAAUCACUCGACCCACACGUACUUGCGUCCAUCAUCACACAGCUUCAGCAGAGCGUCGCGGACUUGACCCGCGAGCGCGACGAACUUUCGCGCUCGCUCAACGAGUCUCGUGCCAACGAAGCAAGCGUCCAGGAGUCCCUGACGCUCAUUACCGAGACGUACAACCAGACCAAGAAUGAACUUGAGGCCGCCAACACCAAACUGAAUGACAACGAAGACGCCAUCUCGCUGCUCAGAACCAAAGUCGAAGAAAGCAGACGGGGCCUUAUGCGCCUGCAGUCAGAGAGCCGCAGGGCGUCUCAGGCGCCAUCCUCAAUGGACCUGGCCCGCGCUGGUCUCGGUGGCUUUGGCUCUCCUCCGCCUGGCAAUAAACGGUCGUCCUUCGUGCCUCUGACAGGGACAGCCAACGGACGUGCUCAUCGCCGAAUUUCAUCCGUGUCGGACAAUAUGUCUCUCUUUGACGCCUCAAACUUCACCUCCCCCAACUCCAUGAUGACCACCUUCGGCGAGCAGACUGCCUUGCCAGCGACAAGCAAGAGCAGCAAGCGCAUGUCCGGAUUUUUCAACCGAGCCUCACCUCCCCAGUCGAUCUACCCUCCGGAAGAAUCGGCAGAGCUGGAGCAAUUACGCCGAGAGCUUAGCGCUCUUAAGACCGAGUUGGAGGAUGUCAAGGCCGAGUUGGCCGAAGCUAACGAGGCCAAGGAAGCCUCCGAUAUGUGCGCCAAGGCGCUGCGGGCGUUUAUCGAAGAUAACAAAGUCGGCGAGAAGUCCUACGAACAGAUUGAUCUAUCCGUCCAGCCGAUUGCCAUCCCCAAGACCAUGAACCAUGAUUCACAGCACUCGAAGAAGCCAUCCGCCAACGGCAGUGCCAGUGCAGGCUGGGGCCUGAACAAACUGUGGGGAACGGGCGCGCCGCCCAAGAGCCCGCCGACGAGCCACUCCGUCUCCACCUCCCCCACGACUGCACUUGGCAAGAAGUUUGGUGACUUCUUCUCGCGGCCCGGCAACUCACUUUCUCACCAGGCGCCGAUGUAUAAUGGCAUGUCGGACACGUCCUCCAUCCCGGAAUCGAUAGAGCCCGUCAGCCCUGCUGAGGAGCAUGCCGGGAUGAAGAUCGACGUCCGGACCAACAGCACCACGUCCUCCAGCCUGGUCGGCAGCCCCGAGCCCUCCAAGCCCAUUACCCUCGCUCACUCACCCGCUCUUGAGAUGGCAUGAGCAACUCCGCCAUCGUUUUCGCAUUCAUCACCUUCGAUCUUCAUGCCCACACAUCUUGGAAGGAAGCUUUUCCGUCGGAUCUAUCAUCGACUAUGGCUCGCAAUAACAUAUACCAUGUAAUCUUAUAAGCGGAUCGGAAUUUUUGUGCGCCUCUGCCAUCAGUGGACACAACGUAUAUGACCAACGGGGACGGAUAAAGGAUAGAACGAAUUUUACGACUACACUAUGUGUACAUAU